AUGGUUUUAAUUUUAAAUAAAUGCAUAAUUUUGUUUUCUUUAAAGAUAUGCCUGGUAGUGGUCCUAAGAAUUAUCCUUGUACACUCUGCAAGAAGCGAACAAAGCCAGAUGAAAGGAGACCAGUGAAUAAAGACACCAGGAAAAUUCUACGAAAAUGUUUUAUGAUAGACUGUGCAGAUGGCGUUUUAUGCAGAAAAUGUCGACACAAGUGUGGUAAUUUAAAACCAACAUCAUCUCGUACAGAGAAGUCAUGUGUCCCACCCUGUGCAACUUCCAUACAGAGUCCUUUGGGAAAAAGUACUGUUGUGAGCAUGAAGAGUCCACCCUCUGUUACUUUGCCUUUACAAAGCACAGCAAAUACACAUGCCUACUGUGUAUUGUGUAGAAGACCUGGUCCCAAACUUGUUGUGGUUCCUGCACAGACCAGGUUCACCUUUUUCCUAGAGCAGAACAUUUUGAUAUCUUCAGGUGCUCGUUGUUGUCCAGCCCACAUUGUAAAUGACACCAUCAACACAGAGUCAAUAGAAAAUCUGGUUCCACCCAAAGAUACAAGUUUUGUCAACAGGACGACUAUCAUGGAACUUGUAGAACAACUUAGAGAAGAGGCCCUACAAAGAGGAUCCAAGAGAAUAGAUUUCGAUGACCCUUCAUCAUUGUCAGACAGGGACUAUCUCACUUUGACUGGGCUUAGGAAGUGCGACUUUGAUGACUUGCUAUUGCAUGUUCAAUCGGCAGACGUAAGACCAUCAAAGACAAGAACUGUGAGAACUUGCUUAGCAAUUUUUCUGACCAAAAUGAAGACAGCAAUGGACAAUAACAUGCUGGGAGUUUUGUUCAACAUGUCAAAACCUCAGAUAAGGCGAGCUGUAUCUUCUAUAAGACAAGUCCUGUCCAACAAGUUUGUCCCAAACCACUUGGGUUUCAAACACAUCACCAGAGAUGCUGUGAUUAGUGAGCACACAAGACCUCUUGCUAAGGAACUUUUUUCUCCCACCAUCAACCAAGCCAUACUGGUCCUUGAUGAAACAUACAUAUAUGUUCAAAAAAGUUCACAGUUUUCCUUUCAAAGGCGGUCAUAUAGUAUGCAGAAACAAAGACAUCUGUUGAAACCAAUGAUGAUUGUCACCACCACGGGGUACAUUGUUUCUGCCAUAGGACCAUAUUUGGCUGAUGGCAGAAAUUCUGAUGCCAAAAUCCUCAACCAUAUCAUUGGUACAGACACGGAAGAAAUCAAAACGUGGCUCGAAGAGGAUGACAUUUUGAUAGUGGACAGGGGCUUCAGAGACUCAGCAGGUGUAUUAGCUGAUCUCGGUAUCCAGAGGGAGAUGCCGUCCUUUUCACAAAAAGGACAUAAGCAACACAAAACUGAAGAUGCCAAUAGUUCUCGGUUGAUUACAAAGAUAAGAUGGGUAGUGGAAUCCGUAAAUGCAAGAAUUAAGACAUGGCGCUACUUGGCAAGACAGCUCCCGAAUUCUCAAAUUCCAUAUGUUGGGGAAUAUGUACGAAUCAUCAGUGCUCUCUGCAACAAAUACAGGCCACCUCUUAGCAGUGGAGAUGAAGAGAAUGACUUGCAGACAGCUGUAAAGAUGCGUCACCUCUCUACACAGACUAAUCUGCUGCAGACUGAGGUAGAAUCAAAUAAUUUGCAGAAGAAACGAUAUGUCUGGAGAAGGAUCGAUGACGAGAACAUUGAUGUCUCCGACUUUCCCCGAUAUACAGAAGAGGAAAUCCGGGAACUAACUCUUGGAGUUUACCAAGUUAAGUUGGCGAAACAUUACACCCAGGAACACAUGAGCCAAGAAGGACACUCCUGUGUAAAUCUUGAACUAAGCAAGAACUGGUUGGACUCUGUAUGUGAUGCAGCCAUUAUUCCUGAGGUUGUUGAUGAAAGUGACAGUGCGUCUGAAGCCACGGAGGAAUGA